AAUGGCUGGAGGGUAUCUCUCGGUAUAGCUGCAAUUCCUUCCAUUUUUCUAGGCUUGGGCUCUCUCAUCAUCGUCGAGACUCCUACCAGUCUGAUCGAAAGAGGCAAGAAUGAGGAGGGUUUGCGAGCUCUGAAGAAGAUAAGGGGCGUGGAGAACGUUGAGAAAGAGUACGAGCACAUUUUACGUUCCACUGAGAUGGCUAAAAAGAUCAAGACCCCAUUCAGAAACCUAAUGAAGCGUUCUAGCUGGCCUCAACUUUUCUGUGGCACCAUUCUUCAGGUUUUUCAGCAGUUGACCGGCAUCAACGUUAUCAUGUUCUACGCUCCUGUGUUGUUCCAAACAAUGGGGUUAGGAGCGAAUGCAUCUCUGUUGUCUGCUGUCAUCACUGGAUUAGUUAAUUCACUUUCCACAGUUGGGGCAAUCUUGGGCUCUGAUUAUUUUGGGAGAAGAGUGUUACUGAUUGAAGGUGCCAUCCAAAUGUUUGUAGCCCAGGGUGUGGUAGGGGGAAUUCUUGCAGCAUAUCUCAAUGCUACAAAUAUGAUACCAAAGUUUGCAGCAGUAAUUGUGUUGGUGUUUAUUUGUGUGUUUGUGAUGGGUUUCGCCUGGUCUUGGGGUCCAUUGGGGUGGCUGAUUGCCAGUGAAAUAUAUCCACUGGAGACUAGGACAGCAGGAUUUUUCUUUGCGGUUAGCACCAAUAUGAUAUUCACUUUUAUUGUGGCACAAGCUUUUCUUACUAUGCUUUGCACCAUGAAAUCCGCCAUCUUCUUCAUGUUUGCUUCCUUUGUUUUGGUUAUGGGGCUGUUUGUUGUGUUCUUGCUGCCCGAAACCAAGGGGAUCCCCAUUGAUGAGAUGAACGAAAGAGUGUGGAAGAAACAUUGGUUGUGGAAGAGAUGUUUUGAUGAAAAUGACGAUGCUAGCACUAGUUCAAUCGCCUAA